CCUGCACAAAGCGGAAGUGUGUGUUUUGGGGGGUGGAGGGGAGGAGGUGCUCGGAAAAAGUGAUACGGGUGUAAGAUGGCUUUUUAGCUUAUGACGAACCUCUAUCUUCAAACUUAAAUGAUAAGCAUGAAAAAGUUGAAGCUUAAAGAACUUGAAAGUUGUCUUCAGCAAGCUGAUGACUUCGAGAAUCCAAAACUGCUGCUGGAACAAUAUCCAACGAGGCCACAUAUUGCAGCAUGUAUGCUUUAUACAAUUCACAAUACCUUUGAUGAUAUUGAAAACAAGAUAGUUGCAGAUCUUGGAUGUGGUUGUGGGGUGCUGAGCAUUGGAAGUUCCAUGCUGGGAGCAGGAUUUUGUGUAGGAUUUGACAUAGAUGCUGAUGCCUUGGAAGUAUUUAACAAGAAUGUCCAAGAAUUUGAGCUGACAAAUAUUGACAUGGUUCAGUGUGACAUAUGUUCUCUGCCUGACAAAAAGCCCCAAAAGUUUGAUACAGUUAUUAUGAAUCCUCCCUUUGGGACUAAACACAAUAAAGGCACGGAUAUGACUUUUCUCAAGACAGCACUGCAAAUGGCAAGAACAGCUGUGUAUUCCUUACACAAAACAUCAACCCGGCAACAUAUUCAGAAGAAAGCAGAUGAGUGGAAAGUGAAGAUGGAAGUCUUAGCAGAACUGAGAUACGACCUACCAGCAUCAUAUAAAUUUCACAAAAAGAAAUCAGUAGACAUCGAAGUUGAUUUUAUCAGAUUCUCUUGUGGAAAAAAGAUGGAUGGAGGAAUGAUUUAAAACGUCUUUGAAAGAAUAAAAAAUGCUUUAAAAUUCU